AUGAUCCCCGAAGAACCCAACACGCAGCACAUGUAAGUUUAGCUGAAGUGAUGUCUAGUAAACACUUACCUUUCAAUCGAAAUUUCGCACAUUUGAAGGCUAGGCAUUAUGCGGUAAUUAAUUGAGAAAAAAUGAAGUCCUUUGACUCAACAGUCUUUGAAAGAUGGUUGAGAUAAUGACCGAUACUUUGGAAUGCAUUUUAUUUAGAAGGAUCAACUAGGUGCGAUCUCGAUGCUAAUACUAUUGUCUUAAAAUCUAAGGAUACUUUAAGCACACUUUAAAGCUGGUUUUCGAGUUUGCAUGUUACGACUGCUUGCAAAAACGGUAACCGGAAAAAGUGACCACGCAAGUUGCAGAAGUACUUUUCACGAACACUUAGUAUUAUAAGUAGUUUAAAUAUAACCUACGGGAACCAUGCUUAAAAGAUUCUUUUUUGCCCCUUCUGUAUAAAAUCUCUUUCUUUUUAUUUUAUGUUCUAGGAAAAAGGAUAUAUUUUUGCUUUUAACUAUAUUUAUUUCCCGAAUAAUUUUAAGUUCAAUCUGUCAUUGUAUUUGCGUUAAUGUUUUCUAAACCGCGCACUGCAUACUUCCAUGUAAGCAAAAAUAGACAUUAUUCCAUGUCCUCUAUACGAUAACAUAUAGGGCCCAUACAAUUCCAUGAUAUAUAUUUACAGCAGUGUAUUGUCCAUAAGAAGCAUUAGUAAGACUAAAGAAGCAAUCCCAAUUGAAUGGACGCUUUGCGGCACUAUAAAAUAUCAUAGUCAACGGUUCUUGAUGCAAUAAAACGUCUUCUAAAUAAGACAUGAGUGAAUUAUAUCUAGCCAAAUGCUAUGCUAUUUGAAUGGGCAGUUUUUGCUUGUACAUUGCCACCAUUAAAACAAUGCAAAUAUUUAGUGAAUCACCACAAAAACCAUAUUCGGAUAAUUGCCUUGGAGAUCAGAAAUAUUUCAGAGGUUAAAAAAUGAUUAAUAAUGAAGGCUGGGCAGCAUGGUCUUAGGAGAUGGGAUCUAGGACUGAAGUGAAGAUUUUAUUUGCAGUCACCAAAUUCUGCAAAGUAGUUGCGUUGGGACUCCGCAAGAACGUAGGGAAUACAUGCGUUCGUACAUGUACGUAAUACACGCCAAAAUACGUUUCUUUGGCUCCAAACGCACUAAUGUCUAGGUGUACCAACAGUUUUUGUGGCCAUUUUAUGCUGCAAUCUAACAGAAUAACAAAUGAAUUUCCGGCUAACUCGUUUUCAAGUUAGCAUUUUUCGCGAAAACCUAUCGGGAUAACAUCUCGUUUUCAAAGUUGACAAAUCGGUCAAAAUAAGGGCGUUGAGUAAACAGUGACAAUAGGAGAUAAAAUAAUCCACUUAGAUGACUGUGACCGUCGUUCAGUGAGAAAACACAUGUCAUUUAGAUUAUCCCUCUUUCCAUCUAAAUUCUUCCGUUUCGACUACUAUUUGGGAGAAUUUAAAGUCUCAAACGCUCAUGUGAAUUUUAUAUUCCGAUUUCAAAUCAUGCUUUAGUAAGUUUGCGUCAGGAGUUGCUCUCAUCUUCUUCGGAAUUAUCUUCCUGAUCGUCGGAAGCAUAAGCUUUGCUUGUGCUUGUUGCUCCAUGGUUGCAGUGAGGGACGAAUUCGCCCAGCAACCUGUUAUUAUGCAACAACAGGUAAGCUUGCAAAAAUGUUUUUCCUAACUAAUUUCUUGAAAAAAAUGCACUUUUGCAUAACGAGAAGGCUGAUUAAUCCAGGUGACAUAUCCUUUCCUACGGAUGUCAAGAGUAGGACAAAACCCGAAAUUACCAUUCAGUAGACCGUUUGGUUGACAAAAAUCUCAUGUUCUUUUAUAAUCUUUUAAUUAUCUGUUUAAAUUUCUCGUCCGUAACCUUGUGUUACCCAGGAUUUCUAAAGUGCGUUGCCUGCGAAUUUAAGACUAAACAUGCACGCCGCCAAAGUACGAUUUGCAAGACCAAAGUAGAUUAUUAGAAAAAUUGUCUUAACCUCCUAGAUGUGCACUGGAAAGGAGCCUCCUAGUGACUGGCUGUCUUAAGCUUCCGAUGGAGAAACGCAUGUCUUAAAACGCACAUAACACCGAAUCAGCACUUGUUUUGGCUGAAGUCGGGCUUUGAAACCUUAACAUAAGGAUAGCAGUAGAAGGGAAUAGGUUGCAACAGCAUACGUUGCGUGCAGUGGCGACACAAAUUCAGGCCUUAAGGAGCGCGAUCUCAAUACCCUAAACAGUCAAAAUAAAGUCCUAAGCCAGAUUCGUGUGUAAAUUGUUUUUGUAAAAACACACGGCAGUUGCAGCGAAACUGGCUUAAAAAUAAAUGGGGACCAAAGUAGAUUAUUAGAAAAAUUGUCUUAACCUCCUAGAUGUGCACUGGAAAGGAGCCUCCUAGUGACUGGCUGUCUUAAGCUUCCGAUGGAGAAGCGCAUGUCUUAAAACGCACAUAACAUCGAAUCAGCAUUUGUUUUGGCUGAAGUCGGGCUUUGAAACCUUAAGAUAAGGAUAGCAGUAGAAGGGAAUAGGUUGCAACAGCAUACGUUGUGUGCGGUGGCAUCACAAAUUCAGGCCUUAAGGAGCGUGAUCUCAAUAUUCUAAACAGCCAAAUAAAGUCCUGAGCCAGAUUUUUGUGUAAAUUGUGUUUGUAAAAACAACGUCAGUUGCAGCGAAACUGGCUUAAAAAUAAAUAGGGAAAUUAAUUAUUACAGCUAAGGAUUAAAAAACCAAGGCAGGUCUGUCUUUCUAUUAAAUAUCCUCGACUCCCUUCCCAAAGAAAAAAAAUUAUCAGAAAAAACCAAAUGGGUUUUUUCGAGCGAAGUUAAUCACCCAGUGAACAUAACUUUCUGGUUUUGGUGUAGCCCGUGACUGCGUUUCAAAACGGAAAAAUCUUACUAGACUAGUUGAAAAGUUCAUGGGCUAGAAGCUGGAGUAAUCGUUAGAAAUAAUGCAUUUUAGAGUCUCUGUGAAAGAAAGUCGAUUUGACCCGAAGGGAAAUUUGGAGUAAAUUAAAAGUGCUCUUAUUUGAAUGUACUCUCAGUUAUAUACUACAUCACCUCACAUUCAAAAAGUUGUAUUUCCGAUUUGACGUCUGUGUUCUUUUGCAUGAGCCUAUGCACAAUACUUGACACUACCCUGAUCCACCAGCGGUAGCUAUGCUUCCCUAGACCUUCUUGAAUUUAUUCGCUAAAGUCAAAUACCGAAAUAAAAAGGCUAUUGGCGAAGCAUUUUAAGGUUAAUCAGUUAAAACCAGAGAUUUUCAGCUAAUUCAGAAUACAUUGCUUCAAUCUUCGCUUGCGUGACAGCCACUGGAGUUGGUGGAUUAGACGCCUGCUAAAUCAACGCUCGUUUCUCCGAAAUGAUAGGUUCUUUUCGAAGCAUAAUGCUUGGCCCUUCUUAACUAGCGGGCUAAUGCCUACUAUAUCAGUAAGGAUAGUGUAACUAUGUCUCUGCUGCUGACCUUUAUUAACAAACCGUUAAAUAGCCAAAAACAAUGUUCUGCUCCUAGUUGGAUGAAAAAAUUCCUGUGAGAUGGUGCAAAACACAAUUGGCCAUUACGGGUUUAUUUUUUUGAAAAUUUGUCACAAAAUGAGUGAGAAUGCCUAAACAGUCCUUGUUGGUCAGGCAUUUAAUGUUUCAUGCAAUUAUCCUGGGUGCACUACUUAUAUUUGAUUUCCAAAUAGGGAACAAAUGUCAGGAGGCUAAGCGGUAAUCAUUUUCGUUAGGUUUAAUAAGCCGUCUAGCAUAACCGCAUCCGAUAAAGCGCACCUCAUCCGUUCGUUUGAGAAAUAUGAAGACGACUGGUGUUAAAGUACCAUUUACCAAAGAUGCUACUUUUAUGCCCAUUUAUUUGCGCCUUCAAACAAAUAAACUGAUAAUUCCAUGUGCAAGCAACGUAAGGACAGGAAUUGACAAGCAGCUGAGAGGCGUAAAAUAGUGUGUAUAAAAAGAGAUAAAUACGUAUUCGCAGAUCCGGUUUCUGUACGAGUGUCUCGCAAUAAUGUGUUACCGAAAUGUGUUUCAUACGGAGAGAUAACUGUCGAUGUGGCUAGUAGGCAUUUAACUUUCUGAAAAUCUAUUUACAUCUAAAACGAUGAAGCGAGGUAGAUUGGACUUGGUAGUAUGGACCGUCCGAUACUAUGGGUAAUCUUGCGUUAAAUGUAAAACAAAGUGCUGGUAAGGAUAGGCUGUGCAUCCCACUUCGGUAGUUUUCAAAAUUUUACCUCCUUACCUUAUCGAUUUAGGUGUAAUUUUGCCCCAAUGCACAACAUGACGAGUUCCGUAGCGCGAUCGGUGAGCGCCCCACAACUAUUGUAUUUACCUGAUCGCAACCGACAUUACAGCGAGCGCAUGGUUCAGUGGUUAGUACAUUGCACUUCCAAUCAGUACGUUGCAGGAUCGAGUCCCAGUGUUUGCGCACCCUAACGGUUAGGUAUAGCCGUCUGGCGACGGCUAAUAAGCCGGAAAUGGCUACUCGAAUUUCCCCGUUUCUGUCGGUAGCGCUGUUCUGUGGUUUAAAACAGCUUACCUGAAGAAAGAAAGCCAAAGAAGUCAUGCUGUACGCGAAUUUUUAUCUUCAGUAGUGUCACUGACGUCAAAGUUGCCCGGAUCGAGUUAAAGCUUAGGAUUAGGGAUGCGGUUGAAGUAAGGCUUAAUAUUGGGAGUUAAGUUAUUCCUUAGGCCGAGGUUGUUAAACUCGGAUUAUGAUCUGCAUUUACGGUUUACACUAGGAUUGGGGUUCAUAAUUAGGGUCAUGAGUUUAGGUUUAGGUUAGGGAUUUAGGGCCUAGGGUUAGGGUUGAGGUUGCUUUUGAGUCUUCCCUAAAUAGGUUAAGGGUUAAUUGUUAGGGUUAGAUAUUACGACCAUGAGCGGGGUUGGCGUUUGGGCCAUAGGUAACUACGGUUUUCCAGGAGGAUUAUAUACCAUAGCCCUCCGUUAUCGUGCCUUUGAGCCUUCUCCUGAGACUUCUAGCGAUAUCCUUAACUCUUACUCCUCCAAGUUCAAACCUUAAACGACGGACGUUUAGCGAAGGGUCACUUGUAGUAAGAAGGCUUCCAAAUUUCUGUGUCUAAACCCAAGACGCAGUCGUAUAUACAUGUUGAAUAAAAUUAGUGAUUGUAGAUUUAAGAGGUUUUCAUUUUUUAUAUGUCGUCGUUAAUUACGACGAAGUGCGGAUGCUAGUCCCAACUAAAAUUUGUUUCUAAUUCUUUCUAACUAGCUGAACAACGUGUUUGGCGAGCCUCAUUUUUGACUGUGCUACAGGUUUAAAGUAGGAUCUUACCACCACCUCAAUAAAUCUGAAUAAAAAGUAAACGGCCGUGCACCGCUUAAUUCUUUACACUGUUAGGCAUAAAAGAAAGAACUUAACAAUUUGUCGCCAGAUUGCAGUCGGCAGCAAAUCCUGCUAUGCCCGUUUAGUCUAAAAUUAGGGCACAGAUGUGAAAGUACAUCAUUUCUUACUCCAAUUAUCACUGCGAAUGGACUACAUUUGUUAGGUGACCAUUAUACAUCGUCUUUCAGAUGACGCAACCGUAUCCGCAGCAAGCAGUUUAUCCAAAACAGACGACUGCCUGCUCCAAUCCGGCAUUCUGUCCACAGCCCGCUCCCAGUCCUAUGUACUUUGCCCAACCUCCGAAUUACGAACAGGUUAUGCAGGCGAAUCAGACCUCGAUAGUACAGGCACCGGCAACGAGUGGAGGAUUCCCGCAGCCCCCGCAGGUUCCCCUGCCAUGCCUGCCAGAUGCGCCUUCUGAAAAAACCGGCAGCGCCGAAGAAGUGCAGUAG